GCUUCUACCCCUUUGACAAUGCACAAUCGGUUUGUGGAAGUGUUCGCCUCCGAAGGCUAUCGGUGGCGAGUCAGUCGGACGAGAGAUACUCCCAGACGUGGUCCAAGUUCGACCAGUCCAGCCAGCAGUGAGUGUGUGUCCCCUGACCUUGCCCUUUCGGCGGUUUUGUGCUGAGUGCUUCUGAGAGAGACAGAGAGACAGAAUGGAUGCAACGGAAAGCAGUAAAUUAAGCGAUGGGAUCGACGCUCCGAAGUGGAUGUUUUGGAAGCGACGUCGCUACAUUGUGGUGGUGAUGGCUUUUCUGGGCUUCAUGAAUCAGUACACGAUGCGGACGAAUCUCAGCGUAGCGAUCGUGGCGAUGACGGAGAACCGGACGGUGGAGUUCGCUAACGGAACGGUGCAUUAUGAACAAUACUUCGAUUGGAGUUCGCAAAUUCAGGGGUACAUACUCAGUUCGUUCUUCUACGGCUAUCUCAUCACCCAAAUUCCCGGAGGCUUCGUAUCGAAUUGGUUUGGACCACACAUUGCCUUCGGAGUCGGCGUUGGAGCGUCAUCGGUGCUGACCCUGUUGACGCCCUUGGCUGCCUACGCCGGAUACGGAUGUGUUAUAGCGGUUCGCGUUCUGGAAGGAGUCUUUCAAGGAGUAACCUUCCCUUGUAUGCACGCGAUCUGGUCUCGCUGGGCGCCACCAAGUGAACGAUCCCGGAUGGUGCUGUUUUCGUUUGCCGGAGUGUUUGUGGGUACGAUUUUGGGAAUGCUGCUGAGUGGCGUUAUGUCGAAAAGCUGGAACUGGGAGAGUGUGUUUUACUUCUUUGGUGCAAUUGGAUGUGCCUGGUAUGUGGGUUGGCUGUUUUUGGUUAGGAACUCACCGGAAGACGAUCGUUAUAUUACCACGAAGGAGAAAGAAUUCAUUCUUAUGAGUUUGGGCAGAAACGAACAGGAUAGUCAGAAGGUGAAGCAUCCUUGGAAGGGAAUACUCACGUCUACUGCCGUGUAUGGUCUCGUGACGGCGAACUUCUGUCACAAUUGGGGCUUCUACACGCUCCUGACUCAGCUGCCAAGAUUCCUGAAGGAAGCCUUACAUUACGGUGUUCAAUCCAGUGGAUUCAUUUCAGCGAUACCGUACUUCGGAAUGAGCAUCACCUUGUACAUCGCCGGAUACCUUGCCGACUGGUUCCAAAUCAAGGGAAUUCUGACCACCACCCAAGUCCGUCGCAAUUUCAACUGUGGAGCCUUCCUGGUUCAGUGUGUGUCCAUGAUCAUUACCGCUGCCGUGUUCACGCCGGCCGUAUCGAUUGUGUUCAUUACAUUGGCAGUUUCAGCCGGUGCUUUCGCUUGGAGUGGAUAUGCCGUUAACCAUCUGGAUCUGUCCCCGAAGAGCGCAGGACUUCUGAUGGGAAUCUCGAACUCUUUUGGCACCGCAGCGGGAAUUAUCACUCCGAUCGUGGUUGGGUACUUGACGGCGGGAAAUUCUCCCGGUGAAUGGAAGUUGGUUUUCUACAUAGCAGCUGGCGUGUAUGCAUUUGGUAUAGUGGUUUAUUGGUUUUGGGCGUCUGGUGAGUUGCAGCCUUGGUCAAUUGAAAUGCAAGAACGCGAGAAAAAAGAACGGGAAGCAAGAAAUGAUUGUUUUGUUUAUGUUAAUAAAAUUAAUGUGCAAGAUUAA